GCGGCCAUGGACCCGUCCGUGGAUCCGGGCUGGGAGCCGGGCGAGCCGGGCGAGCCGAGCUGGGCCCGGCCCGGGGCGGCGCUGGGCGGCCGGGGGCUGCUGGCGCUGGCGGCGGCCAGCGGGGCGGCCGUGUGGGCCACCUGGGCCGUGCUGCUGAUGCCCGGCUUCCGCCGCGUCCCGCUGCGCCUGCAGGUGCCGUACCAGCCCUCCAGCCCCCGGCAGGUGGCCAACACCCUGGCGCUGCUGCGGGGCCGCGCCGGCAAGACCGUGGAUCUGGGGUCCGGAGAUGGACGGCUCGUGCUCGAGGCUUACAAGCAGGGGCUGAGGCCAGCCCUGGGCUAUGAGCUCAACCCCUGGCUGCUGUGCCUGGCCAACUACCGUGCCUGGAGGGCUGGCUACCACGGGAAGGUCUCCUUCCUGAAGAAGGAUCUGUGGAAGGUGAAUCUCUCUGACUGCCACAACGUGAUCGUGUUCCUGGCCCCCAGUGUGAAGCCUCCCUUGGCCAGCAAGCUCCUGGCAGAACUGCCCGACGACGCCCGGGUGGUGGCCGGCCGCUACCCCUUCCCCUCCUGGAGCCCCAGCAGCACCCUGGGCCAGGGGCUGGACCAGGUCUGGGCCUAUGACAUCGAGGAGGUGCGGAGAGAAGUGCAGGGCAAGGCCCAGGAAAGCCAGGUCUGACCCCAGCCUCGUUAAGCCCAGUUUAACAGCAGCCUCCUUAAGCCUGGCUUUAAGGGUGGAGCCACUCCAGCCCUUGGCUCAGCUCAGGACAGAAGUGCUUGGCCAGCAUUUCUCCUGAGGACUUGCAGGGUGGCAGAUCUUCAUUUUUCCAGAGUGUGAGCAAAGCAAGAGAGGAACAAAUCAGACCUAGAAAUCCUGGGGUUAAUGCAGGAUUUAAGGGAUGAAACUCCAGUGCCUCUUUUAAGAUGAUUGCUGCUUUAUUUCAAUUUAAGUUUUAGAAAUAAAGUUCUGGUUGAUUGUA